CACUUAUCUCCAUGUCUAAUCGAUAAAUUAUUAUUUCCCUUUUUUAGUCCCCAGGCCUCGUUAGAGAGACACUCCUUUAGAACCAAUCUCUGACUGCUACUGUUAGGGGGUGUAUGCCUAUUAACAUACCAAAACGGCAAAACCGCAAAUACCCAGGCCACGGAGGAACCCAUAAAACCUGGUCACGAGAGACAAUAAGAUAUCAAUCGCGCUAGAGAUUUGAGAGAAGAAAUUGAACAAAACCCCGCACCCCCAAUAUCUGUAACCAACAAGGCAGCAACCACCAUGGAAAAAAGGUGAUCUUGCGUGCAAAAUCUCCAUCUUUAAAGGUAGAUGAGUUGGUGAAUAAUCAAUGAUCAUUGGCACUUUGUAUGACAUUACAAUUUGAUUUUAAAGCUAUGGAAGUGCCUUCUCGUUCUGAUGUUCAGUAUGUUGGAGAAGCUGAUUGUGCUCAGCAGUCGUUUGGUAGAAUAGAUGAAUUGCCACUAAAUGUAGACAGGCCACAGAUAGAAGGACUGGGUAAGCGUCAAGAGGUCUUGGAUGCACUGCCUAUCCUUGAAGGGCAUCAAAGUGGAACUUCAUAUUCUGCUUGUCAGAUUGAGAGCCAAAGAUUACCUUAUGAUUCACAUGAAUUCGAAGAUGAUGACUUAAACGAGCAGAACUAUAGCUCAGAACCUUGCCUAGCUGCUGAGAACUCUCAUAUAAUUGUGGAUACUAUUGAAAGUGAACUUCCAACUAACUACGGGGAUGGUGAGUCGUCUCUUUCAGAGCCCAAUUGGCUAGAACAUGAUGAAUCUGUGGCAGUGUGGGUCAAGUGGAGGGGAAAGUGGCAAGCAGGAAUCAGAUGUUCAAGAGCUGACUGGCCAUUACCUACUUUGAAAGCAAAGCCCACUCAUGAUAGGAAGAAAUAUUUUGUCAUAUUUUUUCCCAACACUAGGAAUUAUUCUUGGGCAGAUAUGCAACUUGUCCGAUCAAUCAAUGAGUUUCCGCAUCCUAUUGCUUAUAGAACAUACAAAGUUGGACUAAAAAUGGUCAAAGAUUUGACUGUUGCACGGCGGUUUGUAAUGAAAAAGCUAGCUGUUGGCAUGCUGAAUAUUGUUGAACAAUUUCAUACUGAGGCCUUCGUAGAAACAGCUCGUGAUGUGGUUGUGUGGAAGGAGUUUGCCAUGGAGACGUCCCGUUGUAGUGGUUACCCUGAUCUUGGGAGAAUGCUUCUGAAGCUUCAAAAUAUGAUAUCGAAGAGCUACAUAAAUUCUGACUGGUUACAACGUUCUCUUCAGUCUUGGGUACAACGGUGUCAGGGUGCACUUAGUGCUGAAUCUAUUGAAUUACUGAAGGAGGAAUUAUAUGAUUCUAUUUUGUGGAAUGAAGUCAAAUCCCUCUGGGAUGCUCCAGUUCAACCAACAUUGUGGCCUGAGUGGAAAACCUGGAAGCAUGAAGUUAUGAAAUGGUUUUCAACAUCUCAUCCCAUAUCCAGUGGUGGUGAAACAGAGCAGCGGAACAGUGAUGAUCUUUCCGCCAUAAAUCCCCAAGUUAAUCGGAAAAGGCCCAAGCUUGAAGUUCGCCGCGCCGAAACACAUGCAUCCCUGGUGGAAUCGGUUUGGCCUCCUCAACCUAUGCCUCUGGAGAUUGACUCCACUUUUUUUAACGACAGAGGCACUGUUAAUACUGCUACACUAUCAUCAGAGGUUUGUGAAGAAGAUGUUAAGGAAGGAGCUGCACCUAUAGAGUCGCCUUGUACUGUUGCUGACAGAUGGGAUGAAAUUGUUGUUGAACCAAGAAAUCAUGAGCUCGUCAUUAAGAAUGAUGUGGAGUUGACUCCAGUAAAUGAAGUUCUUGAUAAGAAAUUGAGCAACUCUGGGAGUAAGAAUCGGCAAUGUACUGCUUUUAUUGAGUCUAAGGGACGCCAAUGUGUGAGGUGGGCUAAUGAGGGUGAUGUUUACUGCUGUGUACAUUUGGCCUCACGUUUCAUAGGCAGCUCAGCAAAAGCAGAAGGGACUCCUGUUGUUCAUACACAAAUGUGUGAAGGUACCACUGUUCUCGGUACUAAGUGUAAGCACCGGUCACUACCUGGAUUUUCAUUCUGUAAGAAACACAGACCCCGCAAUGAAUCAAACAAUGUCACAACUUCACCAGAGCGUGCACAUAAGAGAAAGCAUGAGGAGACUGUUCACAGUAUGGAGACUACAUACUGCAAAGAUAUAGUACUGACGGGAGAAGUCGAGACUCCCCUUCUAGUGGAACCACUGUCAGUCAUGGGGGUUGAUACCUUCCAUGGAGGAAACAACUCAACUGGGAAGCUUGAUUGCUCCAGUAAUGGUAAUAAUCGUGCUGAGAUACGGCACUGCAUUGGCUUGAGCCCCCAUGAUACUGACCCUUGUCGUGAAAGUCCAAAGCGGUAUGCAUUGUAUUGUGAUAGACACCUUCCAAGCUGGCUUAAACGUGCAAGGAACGGUAAAAGUAGGAUAAUAUCAAAAGAAGUGUUUAUAGAUCUUUUGAGAGAUUGUGGUUCACGGGAGCGAAAAUUGCAGCUACAUCAAGCAUGUGAGCUUUUCUACAAGCUCUUUAAAAGUAUUUUGUCCCUUAGAAACCCAGUUCCUAUGGAAAUUCAACUUCAGUGGGCCCUUUCUGAAGCUUCUAAAGAUUUUGGCAUUGGGGAGUUAUUCUUGAAGUUGGUUUGCAGUGAGAAAGAGAGACUCCGGAGGAUAUGGAGCUUCAGUGUUGAUGAAGAUAUGCCUCUUUCUCCCUCAGUGGAAGGAUCAAUGCCAUUACAACUGGCAGUUGAUGGCAGCUACGAGAGUGAAAGUUCCAUCAAAUGCAAAAUUUGCUCACAAGAGUUUCUUGAUGACCAACAGCUUGGCUCCCAUUGGAUGGAUAAUCAUAAAAAGGAAGCACAGUGGCUGUUCAGAGGUUAUGCUUGUGCUAUCUGCCUGGACUCUUUUACUAACAGGAAAGUUUUAGAAACCCAUGUGCAGGAAAGGCACCAUGUGCAAUUUGUUGAACAGUGCAUGCUUCUCCAAUGCAUUCCUUGUGGCAGUCAUUUUGGAAAUCCUGAGGAGUUAUGGUUGCAUGUCCUCUCAGUUCAUCCAGUAGACUUAAGGCAGUCAAAAGAUGCUCAACAACAUGAUCUUGCUUUAGGUGAGGAUUCUCCUCAGAAAGUGGAGCUGAGCAAUGCGGCUUCCAUGGCAAAGAAUAUUACUGCGAAUUUAGGCAAUCUCAGAAAGUUUGUUUGUAAGUUUUGCGGCUUGAAGUUUGAUUUGCUACCUGAUCUUGGCCGCCACCAUCAAGCUGCUCAUAUGGGACCAAAUCUAUUCAGCUCUCGCCCUCCAAAGAAGGGUGUUCGUUUUUAUGCUUAUAGAUUAAAAUCUGGGAGACUUAGCCGUCCCAGGUUUAAGAAAGGAUUGGGGACAGCAUCUUAUAGGAUCAGGAACAGGAACGGUGUUAAUUUGAAGAAGCGCAUCCAGGCAUCCAAGUCUCUUAGCACCAUAGGACUAAGUAAUGAUUCUAAUGUCAUUGAGGCAGCUAGUCUUGGUAGUCUGGCAGAAUCACAAUGCUCUUCGAUUGCAAAUAAAUUAAUUUCUGAGAUUCAGAAAACUAAACCUCGGCCCAAUAACCUUGACAUCCUGGCUAUUGUACGCUCUGCUUGUUGCAAAGUGAACCUAAAAGCCACUUUGGAGGGGAAAUAUGGUGUAUUGCCAGAUCGUUUAUAUCUCAAGGCAGCUAAGCUUUGUAGUGAGCAUAAUAUUCGAGUGGAGUGGCAUCAAGAGGAUUUUAUUUGUCCUAGAGGCUGUGGGACAAUCAAGGACCGUGAAGAGUCGUUGCCUCUUCCAAAUGCUUUUACGGGUCACCAGUCAGCAGAUGAGUCCGAUGAUGUGAAUAAUGAGUGGGAAGUAGAUGAGUGCCAUUAUGUGAUUGAUUUGGAGGAUAUUAGAGAUGGGCCCUUGCAGAAGGUCACUAUAUUGUGUGAUGAUAUAAGUUUUGGAAAGGAAUCGAUCCCAAUAGCUUGUGUUGUAGAUGAGGGUUCUUUGGAUCGCAUAUUUGCCAACGGUUCUGAUGGCCAAACCAGAGUCUCCUUGCCUUGGGAGAGCUUUAACUAUGUUACGAAGCCAUUACUUGAACACUCCCUUGGUCUUGAUAGCGAGAGUUUGCAAUUGGGAUGUGCCUGCCCACGUUUAAUAUGUUGUCCUGAAGCAUGUGGUCAUGUAUAUCUAUUUGAUAAUGACUACGAGGAUGCAAAGGACGUAUACGGGAAACCCAUGCAUGGUAGAUUUCCAUAUGAUGAUAAGGGUCGGAUUAUUUUGGAGGAGGGUUACCUUGUUUAUGAGUGCAAUCAAAUGUGCCGGUGCAACAGAACCUGCCCAAACAGGAUACUCCAGAAUGGAGUAAGAGUGAAGUUGGAAGUCUUCAAAACAGAAAAUAAGGGUUGGGCUGUCAGAGCAGGUGAACCCAUCCUGCGUGGCACAUUUGUAUGUGAGUACAUUGGGGAGGUUGUCGAUGAGCGGGAGGCAAAGCAGAGGCGUAAUAGGUAUGGCAAAGAAGGGUGCAGCUAUAUGUAUAUCAUGGAUGCUCAUAGCAAUGAUAUGAGCAGAUUGAUUGAAGGACAAGACCAUUAUAUUAUUGAUGCCACUAAGUAUGGGAAUGUUUCGCGGUUCGUCAAUCACAGCUGCUCACCAAACCUGGUGAAUUAUCAAGUUCUUGUGGACAGCAUGGAAUGUCAGCGUGCUCACCUUGGUCUGUAUGCGAGUCGAGAUAUAGCAUUUGGGGAAGAGCUAACUUAUGAUUACCGGUAUGAGCUGCAUCCUGGAGAGGGCCAUCCUUGUUAUUGCGGCGCUUCCAAGUGCCGUGGCCGCCUUCGCUAAAAUUUUUGAUCAAUUCUCUGCCCUUGUGUUCUAUGCAGCCUGCAGAAACUAGUAGCCCGUGCUAUCUAUAAACAAAUUGGAAGCACGAAUUCGGUACUAUUUUCUUCAAGUAACAGCUGAUCACAAAAGAGGAAGUGCACUGAGAUAAACACCCAGCAUCAUGCCAACAACCUUCGCUAAUUCACCAAUGGCCCCUCUGAACAUCCAGAUCAUCUUAUUUAUCUGUACAUUAUCUUCGAAGGAAAGAGGUCGGAACUCUUUUUCGGUUUUCCCUUUUCUUUAGCCCUCUGAGGUUAGUGAGAACUAGGUAGUGUUUAUUUUUCAAAAAAGAUUGUUUCUUUCUCGUAGUCUUGUCAUUGAGAAUGAGUGCUCAAAUAAUUUUAUUUGAUGGUCCCAUUUGUGUUCAGUUUGUCCUGUGUUAACUCUAAAAUUUGGAACUUUUCCAGUCAAAAGAUGGAAACCAAUAGAUAUUGUUGUUA